UUUUGUAAGAGGGUCCACCACAAUUUAGAUAACUUUUGUUAUAUCUUCUUUAUCUCUCAAAAUCAUCGAUUAAUAUUAGGGCUCCAAACUUCACAAUCUCACACACCAUAAUCGCAACUUUCUCUCUCUAAAACAACCUGCAAAUUCAUGUCGGAGGAGAAGGGUAGGCCGUUGCCGAAAUUUGGGGAUUGGGAUGUAAAUGAUCCUGCUUCAGCUGAGGGUUUUACUGUGAUUUUUAAUAAAGCUCGGGAUGAGAAGAAGACAGGUGGCAAGGCAGACUCGCCGUCAAAUGUAGAUCCUGGUAAUAAGCAUGCUGCUGCCCCUGUAAAGAAACCUCCAGCUAAGAAAUGGUUUUGCUGCAUGCAAGCACCUUCUGCGGAAUCCUGACAUGGUUUAGCGGACAGGUGUUCUAGUACCGGCCCGACCGUCACAUUGAUUCUGUGUGUUAUAGAGUGAGUCUUGUUUAUGGGGGUAUGGGAAAAGGAAGAUUAUGAAAUGUGUCUAUAUUACAGAUUUUGGAGUUCCUGUGUGUGAUUUGUAUGUUAUGAAUCAAAACUCAAAAGCAAAGGUUAUGUGUAGUUGUUACCCAUUGCUGCUUUGGUUUUACUUUCAGAAUUGUUAACCGAAUUUGUUAUGGUUAUGGAUGGUAAUUGUUUGGUAGCA